AUGAAUUUGUUGUGGCGACUUCAACUUAUUGCCUCUCUGUGCGAUCAUGAUGAAAGUGUUUGGUCGGUUUCUUUUCAUCCACAAUAUAAACAUGUGUUGGCCACGUGUUCAUCGGAUAAGACGGUGAGGAUUUAUUAUGUACGGAGUGAGGCAGAAACAGGAACAAUAACAACGAAUGUAUUGUCUUCGUCGUCGUCAUACCCGGGUAUGAAUCACCAAAGCCUUUUAAAUACAUCAUCAAACUCGGGAGGAAAUUACAAGACCAUGAUCAAAUGUUUGGAUGUUUUGGAAAAUCAACAUAAUCGAACCAUCCGUCGGGUGGAUUGGUCUCAUCCCAAUGGAAAUGCUUUGGCUUGUGCAAGUUUUGAUGGAACGAGUUCUAUUUGGAUUUUGUUGAAAAACAAAAUCGUAUCACAUUUGAAUGCACUCGAUGAGGAAUUUGUCAAACAAUCUCCUCACAAUGAUGAUAAGAAGAAUGGUUCAUUCAGUCCUUUAAAACUAUUAAAAUGUGUCUCAACUUUGGAAGGACAUGAAAAUGAAGUGAAAUCGGUGGCAUGGAAUUUCAAAGACGUUUCUUCCUCUAAUUGGAGUGCUGAAAUGAAUGACGAUGAUGAAGAGAGUGAAUUUGGAGCUGACUGUGGACUGUUGGCAACCUGUGGUCGUGAUAAAACUGUUUGGGUUUGGGAAGCAAUUGAUAAGAUUGGAUUUUCAGAUUUUGACUGCAAUUCCGUGUGUAGUGGACAUACACAGGAUGUAAAAUUUGUAGCUUGGCAUCCAUUAACUCGAGAAAACAUGCCAUCUCUAUUGUUUAGCGCAUCCUACGAUAAUACAAUUCGUGUUUGGAAAGAAGGAGGAUUUAAUGAUGACCAUUCAAGUCACCAUGAUUUUUCACACUCUGGUGGAGCUGGAGGAGAUGAAUGGAAAUGUGUUGGAAUUUUGAGAGGUCACACCAGUACAGUUUGGGCUCUUGCUUUUGAACCACCAUUUGUACCCAGUUCUACAAUGAACAAUCAAACGACUGUUCGAUAUUCUACUGCCAGUAGUAGUAGUGGUACUACAAAUACUAUGACCUCAACUACUCCUCUGGAUUACCCACAAUUUAUGGUCAGUCCAUUCAGACCAUUUCUGAUGUUCACACUCGAACGAUAUAUCAUGUCGAUUGGUGCGUGUAUGAGAAUCCAUACAGGCCUGGAGAAGCUCAUUUCAUUGGUGGCCACUUCUGGUGGAGACAAUACCAUUGCCAUCUUUGAGUGGAAUAGAACUGAGCAAAAAUUGAAUUUAUUGACCAAGAUUGUGAAUGCUCAUGAUGCAGAUAUUAAUUGUAGCAUGUGGAAUAGGAAUGUUUUUGGAGAGUUGGCCUCCUGUUCGGAUGAUGGAGUUGUGAAAAUAUGGAAAUUAGAUUUGUGA